AUGAAGCCCAUAGUGUUCUACGACAUUCCUAGCAACAUGGCGGGCAACGCCUGGUCGCCGAACACAUGGAAGACGCGCUACUGCCUGAACUACAAACGCCUCCCCUACACCACCGUCUGGGUCGAGUUCCCCGACAUCCCCACGCUCUGCCUCCACAUCCGUGCCCCCAAAACCUUCGCGCUCCCCAUGGCCGACCACACCCUCCCCGCCAUCUUCGACCCGAACACCGCGCGCGUCGUCGCCGACUCCGCCGCGAUCGCCCGCUACCUCGACGCGGCCUACCCGUCCACCCCGCGCCUCGUGUCGCCCCCCGCGAGCGCGCCGCUGCUCGCCGCGUUCGAUGCCGCGCUCGUCGGCGCGCUCGCCCCGGACGUGCUCGCGCUCAUGGUCCCCCCGAUCCGCGACGGCCUGCGCCCGCGCAGCGCGGCGUACUUCACGCGCUCGCGCGAGGCGCACUUCGGCGUGCCGCUCGAGGCGCUCGCCCCCAAGGGCAGCGCGAAGCGCGCGGGGCACGUCGCGGCGCUCGUGAAAACGUUCGAGACCGUCGCGGGCUGGCUCGCGGCCGGGGAGGGCGAGGGGAGGGGAGAGGGAGAAGGAGAGGGAGAGGAGCGGCCGUUCUUCGCGGGGGACGCGGUGUCGUUCGCCGACGUCACCGUCGCGGCGUGGUUGAAGGCGCUCCGGCUCGUCUUGGGCGAGGACAGCGAGGUGUGGCGGGCGGUCGCGUCGGUGCGGGGCGGGCGGUGGGCGCGGUUCGCGGCGGCGUUCGAGGCGUUCGAGGCGGUUGACGCGGGCACCGAGUACGUCGUACCGGACUCCGUUUGA